AUGUUUUCCAAAUUUAUUCGUUCAACAAUUAUUAGAAGGUCUUUGGCCACUACGGUCAAUAGUACCUUUAAAACAGCUCCUAAGCCAAGAUCUAAGUGGGUGCCUAUCUCCAUUUUCUCCGGUAGUUUCCUUGUAGGUUGGUACUUCACACAACAUAUGACCUUCACAGAUUUGAUGGCAUAUUGGAGGUAUGAAUCCUUGCCUGAAGAUGCUGAACAAGUGAAGAAAUAUCGAAGUGAUUUGCAUAACAGAUUGGAGAAAUUGUCUUUGGUGCAACAGUUGAAAGGUUCUGGGUUUGUGGAAGUGUUUCCAGGCAGAAGAAAGGAUGAUCAAUUGGUGGAUAAGACCUUAUUGACCCCUGGUGCCAUUGCCAUUCCUCCAAAAUUCUACUAUAACCCUGAUAAGAAGGAAAUUGUAGGUGUUUACCAUAUGGGGAUGAAGUUAACUGGUUAUCCAUUUAUUGUGCAUGGUGGGAUCUUAGCCACUAUAAUGGAGGAUUUGAUGAGAGAAAGUGUGAAAUUAAUAAAGCAAAAGGAAGGCGAAAAAACUAAAGAGUUAAGUGUGUCCUACAUGAUGCCAACUUUUGCUAACCAAUUUGUCUUUGUUCGAACUACUAGUGUGGAGAACCUUGGUAAGAACAUUAAAUUGAAAGUAGAUCUAUUAGAUCAGAACGGAUCUGUUCUUGUUAAAGGUGCAGGUACCUUUUCCACAUGA